UUACGGUUAAACAGGCCGUGCAGGAGGGAGCAGCAGGGUUAGGCAUUGUCAUCAGCAUUGCAUGAGAGCCAUUCUACUGAUACACCCUCCUCAGGAGUCAGCCAGGCUCCACCUGCCUGCAGUGCAGCCCAUAAUCACACCUCCCUGACCUGCUGCCGCACAGCUCAGCCAGCUAGGAGGAAGUACUUUCUUACAAUAUUCUCGCCUUGUUUCAAAGCAGCUUGCCCCAGAUUGCAUUAAGGAGCUGCGGAUCAAGCAGAAUGUAAAGCUCAAGACUGACUUGAAAAAAUAGAAAAUCCUGAUGAAGGCUUCAAUUCAGUAUUAAAUGGAUCACUGUUUUUCUGUACACACAACCUGUAAUUACAGUUACAUUUCCUAUACCUCUGUAAACAAUAAUAAUAUUAGUAAAACCCCAUGAAGGAGAAUGAAGGAUGUUGAAGGUAUUUGCCUUAAGCCAAAUGGAACAUACAAAAUCCCUGAGCCCUUUCCAUCUGGUGAGGAUGAUGCAUGCUUAGUGAGCAAUCUUGCAAGAUCUGAAGACUUGUGCCAGGAUUAUGGCACUCACAAAGUACUAUCAGAGCUCAGUGGUACUUGGGGAGAUUUUGAGAGUUUCAGUGAUUUCCCUCCUGAAUCUGAAAUAUUUUACUAUAAAGAGGAAGAACUGCAUGAAUCCGCAAGGCAUCACUUAGAUGAAUGUUACACAGCUACCUCAAAGGAAGCUGUCUCUUCUGAACAAACUGACUUCCACACCACCUGGGAUACUCUUAUUCCAACACCAGAGGAUUCCAAAGUAUUUGAAGAGGUUUUUCGAAUAAGCUUUCCAGAUAUCCCAAUUGAACCGUGCACAGAUGAAAUUAAAACCCUUCAAAACCCCCUGGCUUCACUAAAUGGACACAUCAGUAUCGGCAAUUUGCUAAACAUGCACUUCAGGGCUGACUGUCACAGCUUAGACUCUCUGGAGGAUUCUUCUGGUACUGCGCACAGAUUGGACUGGAAGAAUUCCCAGGGCUGUAAGAACCUGUUACUGCCACUAGGUGUUGACUCUUCUGAAACAUAUCCAGUAGAUAACAACCAAGCAAAGGGUGAUUCCAUCUCUGACAAUGAAUUUUUCUCUGGAAAUGAACCCUCACGUGCCAAUGGAAGUAAAGCUCUCAUUCAGACUAAGUUGCAUGUGGCACCAGACUCCCGCCAAGGUUCCAUUUUCUCCUACCAAUUUUUUGUGAAGACAUCAGCAACAGAUACAACGUUACCGUUCCUCACAGUGUCUGAAAAGAAGAGUUUUUUCAGUACAAAUCAUUUACGUUUCAAUUUUUAAUUUUUGGGGUAAAAAUUGUGAGAUAAGGAAUCAGAUAAUAAUUAUAGAAUAUAAAUGUUUUAUACAACAUUUCAUAACAAGUGAUUUAAUUUAUUGCACCGUAUACUUUAGCACUCCUAGAAAAAUGGAUUUUAUGGGCACUUUCUCCUGUAAUAUAUGUUUGAAAAUAUCUUUUUAGUGAAUAACUCAGAGUCUUUGUAAAAAUGAAGUCACUUGAAGAAAAAAAACCUGAAUUUAACUUUGUUAUUGUAGAAGAUUAAACACUGUGUUGUGUAUUUUAUUUGAUUGAUUUGGUGAUCAUUUGAUUUGAUUUGAUCACCAAAGAAGUAGGUGUCAGUGAUGCUAAAAUCAAAGCCCUCCAGCUAAGUGGAUUAUACAUGUUAUCUUGUUUUAAUUGAAAGAAAGGAGAAAGCCAAGUAGACAUUUACCAAUAAUAUGGUGGUUUACAUGCAUAAUACCCUAUCCUGCAGGAUACCCUCACAAGGCCACGUGGGACAACACAGUAUCAAAGGGGGUUCUUUUGAAAUGACUUUGCAACUGUUAGUUUUUUAAAUAUUGUGCCCUUUUAUGUGUAGGAUGCAAACAAGUCUGGAAACCACAGCUUUAUUACAGUAUCCUCUCAUGCGGGUUUAGUUGUUGUCUAAGAAAAUAUAAAGGGUGGGAAAUCUAAACUGUAUCAAUGUGCAGGUAAUUACAAAUUAUAUGUAAACUCCUUUGCAAUGCUUUAUAUAGUUUUAUACUUAAAUGUAAAUGUUUUGUGAAGUUAAUUUUAUUGAAAAUGUUAUUAAAAAUUGUAUUUAUUUAAAUGCCA